AGGGGGGGGGGGCGGAGUGGAGCCGAGCAAGGGAGCUGAGCCCGGGCGGCCCAGGCUAUGGCGUGGUCUGGUGGCUAGCAGGAGCGCGGGCGGGGGCGCAGGCUGCACAGAUGCCGUGAACUGCCGCCAGGAUGGAGGAGCGGGUGCCGCAGCUGGUGGACUAUUUCGUGGUGGCCGGCCUGACGGACACCUCCAAGCCGCUCGAGGAUGAAAGCCAGCCGCCACGGCUGGCCCGCCCCAGCGAGCCCAUCACCGACGUGGCGGUCAUUAUCCGCUCUCAGGGCGAGGAGGUGCCCCACGGAUUCACGUGCAUCGAGCGCACGACGACGGGGAACCCCGUGGAGCUCAACGCGGGACUGCUCAACAACCCCCAGAUGUACAUCUGCUAUAAACGGGGGCGGGACAAACCCCCCAUUGUCGAGUUGGGAGUCCACUAUGACGGGAAGGACCGCCCCAAACCAGGCUACAAAAUCAUUGACACGACUCCGUACAGCCGCUCUGCCAACCUGACAUCUGGAGGCCCUGGGCACCAGCGUACCUUCCUGACCUACCGGCGAGCCAGCGAGGGUCAGGGCUACAGCACCUUGGGUGUCACCGAUAUCUGUCUUAUCAUGCCAAGCAAAGGGGAGAGCACGCCACAUACAUUUUGUCGUGUGGACCGGAACCUCAACAGCGGCAUGUGGGGCCCAGCGCUCUUUCUCUGCUACAAGAAGGCGUUGGCCAAAGGGAACACCCUGGUCUAUGAAGCAGGUCUCCUUAGCCGCUACCCUGAGGAGGACGCCGAGAGCUUUCCGCUGCCCGAAUCCGUGCCUGUCUUUUGCUUGCCCAUGGGGGCCACCAUAGAGAGCUGGCCGGCAGACACCAAAUACCAGCUUCCCGUCUUCUCUACCUUCGUGCUGACCGGGGCCUCAGGAGACAAGGUGUAUGGUGCCGCCAUCCAGUUCUACGAGUCCUUCCCGAGGGAGUGCCUCUCAGAACGGCAGUGCCUGUGGCUGAAUCUACUUACCGUGGUCGACCGGCGACCCAUCACCAGCAAGACUGUGCAAACCCGGAAGAGCAUCUGCGUCUUGUCUCACUGGCCUUUCUUCGACGUCUUCUGCAAGUUUCUCACUUUCCUCUACCGCUACAGUAUCUCGGGGCCCCACGUGCUUCCGCUUGAGGCACACGUCUCCCACUUCAUGCAUAACGUCCCCUUCCCAUCUCCACAGAGGCCCCGGAUCCUAGUUCAGAUGUCUUCUUAUGACAACUUGCUGUUAUGCCAGCCUGUUUCUUCGCCACUGCCACUGAGUGGAGCCAGCUUCCUGACCCUGCUACAGACACUGGGCCCCGAAAACGCCGUCGCCCUCCUCGUGGCGGUCCUCACCGAGCAGAAGUUACUCAUCCAUUCCCUGCGGCCAGACGUUUUGACUAGUGUCGGAGAAGCCCUGGUCUCUAUAAUUUUCCCCCUGCGCUGGCAAUGCCCGUAUAUCCCACUGUGCCCGCUCACCCUGGCCGAUGUGCUGUGCGCCCCAGUGCCCUUCAUUGUGGGCCUCCACUCCAGCUACUUUGACCUCUAUGACCCGCCUCACGAUGUCAUCUGCGUCGAUCUGGACACCAACACCAUUUUCCAGAGUGAAGAACGGAAGCUGCUGUCCCCGAGGUCCCUGCCCCGGAAACCCUGCAAGGUGUUGUUGGCUUCGCUGCACUCCCAGUUCCAGCAGCUGGAUGAAAUGUACAAUCGACCGGUAGAGGAAGCAUCUCUGGAAUUUCUACUGACCGAUUACGAUGUCAUUUACGGCCGCCGCAAGCAGCUGGAACUUGACAUCCAGGCUGCUUUCCUACGGUUCAUGGCCUGCUCACUGAAGGGCUACCGCACCUACCUCCGGCCCAUCACCCAAGCACCCUCUGAGAAGACCCGUGACUCCAGCAAUCUCUUCUACCUCCAGGGCUUCCUGAAAUCGAGAGACCGGGCCUACCACAAGUUCUACGGACAGCUCUUGCGCACCCAGCUCUUUACGCAGUUCAUCGAGGAAUGCUCGUUUGUCAGUGACCGGCAUACCUCCCUGGAGUUCUUUGACUCGUGUGUUGAGAAGGUACAGGUGGAUCUGGAAAAGCCGGAAGAGUCCCCCCUGAUGGAACUGGAUGACACCCAUGGCAGCGAACACACAGUGUUUAUCAUGCCCCCCGAGGAGCCGACGGCGCCCGAUGGGUCGGAGUUGCCCCCACGCUAUCAGUAUGACGGUUUCCCCGUGCUUCAGGCCAAGCUCUUCGAGCGCCCCCAGGACCAGCUCGUGCCCUCGGUCUGCCAAGCCCGAAGCAGUGCACCCAGCAGCCCGGCGCCUCGCAGGACCAAACAGGAAAUGAAGGUAGCUCAGCGGGUGGCGCAGAAAUACGCAUCGGUGCCGGACAUGUGGGCCAAGUGCCUUCUGGGACACUGUUACGGCCUCUGGUUCAUCACCCUGCCCACCUACGUGCGUGCCGCACCCUCCAAGGUGCGGGCGCUACAGACGGCGUACGAGGCGCUCAAGCAAAUGGAGACCAAGAAGGUGAUGCUGCCAGACGAGGUUUGCUACCGGAUCCUGAUGCAACUGUGCGGGCAGUACGGCGAGCCCGUCCUCUCCGUGCGGGUCAUGCUGGAGAUGAAGCGAGCGGGCAUCGUGCCCAAUACCAUCACUUAUGGCUACUACAACAAGGCCAUAUUGGAGAGCAAGUGGCCCUCGAGUACUCAGGGGGGCCGCCUUCGCUGGGCCAAACUGCGCAACGUGGUGUUGGGGGCUGCCCAGUUUCGGCAGCCGCUGCGCCUGCGCCAGCAAGAAGGAGAGGUUCGGAGUCUCAGCGCCCAGUCAGAGGGCAGCAGAGGUGCGAAGGCGCCGGCCUCCCGGUCCAGAUCCAAUCUGCAGCGGCAGACGACGUGGUCCGGGGUCAGCUUGCGUGACAGUUUGCCAUCAACGUCUCUGGUGAAGAGCGGCAGCUUAAGCUUCCCUCAACACGAGGAAGCUUUGACAGCGGGAGCUGGCAUGGCCGAUGUGUCCAAAGCAUCGGGCAGCCUGGGCCACAGCAGCAACACGCUGCCCGCUGUGCCCCCCUGGCUGCGGGGCCUACAGGACGAGCCCGGAAGCUCGGAGGACGGGAGCCUGUCGGACGUCAACAGCUUCUUGACAGACGAGAGUGACCGGUUGACCCUGAGUAGCGUGGAUGCUCAGUCUGAAGCAGCCAAGGCGGGGCCGGGCCAGGUGUCUGAAAACCACGCUGGCGGCACGCCUCGUAGGAGUCUGGCCGCCAAACUGCAACAGCUUCUGUCCCCCAUAAAGAGGCCUUCCCUCAGACACGCAGCCAGCUUGGAGCGCUCGCACACACGCCACGGGUCAGAGCAGCGCGAGCCCCCGCCUCGCCGCAGCCCCUUGGAGACCCAUUUGCUCCUUCCCCGGGAACGGCCAGGCUCCACGGCGUCUGAGAGUUCCGUAUCCCUGGGCAGUGAAUAUGACCUCUCGGACACAUCCGUGUGCAGUUUCAACCUCCGCAAAUCCAGUGACCGGCUUUCGGAGUCCCCGGCUGUCGAGGUGCUGCUUUCCAGCUACAGCCCAUGCCCGGCCUGCAGUUCCUUGGUGGCCCAUUUGGCAGCGAUGGCCGGGUGGGAGCUCCCUCGACUCACCCAACUCCUCAACACCACCUGCCCUUCUCUGCCCCCCUCGGCAUCUUUGUGCCCCUUCCUGAACAUCGUGAGGUUCAAGACUUCCAGGUCCCUGCCCAGUGUUACAGACAGCUCUGACACCAGUUCCGUCUCCUCCGACUGGCCACGAGACAGCGAAGCGCCAGCCCCCGGAGGGCAGGGCCCCGUGCUCAGUGACCGGUACCACUGCCUGUCCCUGGAUGAGACUGAACCAGAACCUGAGAGGGAAUCCAGGACUGGCUCACUAUGCAACGGUUUUGCAGAAACUCCGAUUUCUGAUCGGUUCUACAACCGUAAUCCUAUCACACUGUCCACUGUAUGA